AUGAAUUCAAAUCCUGAAAAAAAUCUAAAAAGAAAAUAAAAAUCAGCCAACAUCGUGCAAAAAAAAAGAUCUACUCGAACAGCUGAAAUUACAGCAGAAUUUUUUAAAAGAUAGAGAGAAUAUGAUAAUAUUAAUAAAUAUUCAAUGGAGGAAUAAGACAAGGACUAAAUGAAGCUUUCUAUACACAAAUCAAACUUUCAUUCUCUAAAGGAUGCUGUAAAACGAGCUAAAUUAAAAUUUUUUGAAUCAACUCCACAAUGGAAGAAUGUUAUGAACUCAUCAAUCCCUUCAUACUAACAACAAUAUAAUUCAAUUAUAUAAAUUGCUAAUCAUUUUAGAAAUUAAAAAAAAAAUAAUAAUUGUAGCAUAGAAAAUGAAAAAAAAUAACCCUAAAAAUAGUGGAACUUGAGAUUAAUCUUAAUUAUAGUUGUACCCAUAAUUUGCAUUAUUCGCGUAUUAUUUGCUUUUAUCUUGACAUAAUGA